UUGCGUCAUUGAUUUCUGGGUACUCCACACCCCAAAAAAGUGUUUACAUCUUUGCAGUCGGCGACGACGAUAUAAACAUUGCCACUUCUAGCGGUUCGAAGCUACUUUGUCGGCAAAAUGGAUGCCUACAAUUUCUACCUUUCAACUUUCAGGUACAUUAUGAAUGCAGAUUCGUCGGACAAAUCAACGUGGUGUGAAUUGUUCAAAUACUUGCCGUGUCUGCGUCAGAUGCUAUCUUGUUGUGUAUGCGGAAGCAUCAUGUUGCGCCCCCAAGGACCUACCCAUGGUGUUUGUUUACAUCAUGUUUGCUUGGCAUGUGUUGGCGGUCGGAUGAGGUUAAAGCCUUCUUGUAGUUGGUGCAAAGAUCACGGUCAUUUUGUGGAAAAUAAGAAGUUGAGAGUGUUGAUCUUGUGUUUCAAAAAGCUGUGUGCGUAUGUUUCUAGUUCACCGCUUGGAGCUGAAAUUUCGAAAACUUCGGUCAAUGGGUGUGGUGUUGAAGCAGAGUGCACCUUGAAGAUAUUGGAAGAGGCAGAAAGAUUCUGUGAUGACUAUGUCUUGACGCCUCCACCAAAGGAACUGCCAACAGUAUCAAAGUCAUCCUGUGGUGGUGUUAAGAUUUCCUCAGAGUUCCAAGCAGUUUCUUCUGACUAUAACUCAAAAGUUAAUACCUUUCAGAAUGGUAAAUCUAGUAGUAGUACUAGUGGUGCCAAUGUUGGUGUUGUUCAGAUGAAGAGAGGUAGAGGAAGGCCAAGAACAGCUGCUGGUCGCUUUUCACUGAGAACACCCAAAUCUUGUAACAGUCUUCGAGCACGUGUGAACAAACUGAAGAAGAAGGCACUGACACCCAAAAUAAAAAAUCUCCCAAACAAGAGAAAUUUUGUUAAAACUACAAGGCCUUACAAUAAAAGGUUGCCGCCUGAUACAACCGAUUUUCUUAUUGCACAUCGACCUCACAGGGAUAGGUCAGGAAAAUUCAGUGUUGGGCAGCUGUGGCGAGAAACAUUUUUGGACGAAGUUCAACCCGACACAUACCCUGACUCUGGCAUUGAAGUAGGAAGCUGUAGUGAUCAGGACCACAACUCUAAUCUCUCACCUGUGUCCAAACUUACAGUUGACAAGUCUGUUUCAUCAACAGGCAAUUUAAAGGUUGAAGUUGCUCGCAAAGAAACGCGUCACCACAAACUGCAAGAAAAUGACUCAAGGCCUGAAUUAUCAGUCAAUGAUGUUACCAGUUCCACAGAUGAGCCAGGGAAACCACGCUUGACUUUGACAAUUUCUAAAAAGCGAUACCAGAAAUAUAAUAACAAGGGUAGUCAUGCGAUAAAGCUUCCAGGGAAAAAGACGGAUGGUAAUGAAUGUGAAAUUCUUACUCCUGAUGUGACUACUAUUGUUCCCAACUUCAAACGAGCAGGCUUAAAAACCAAGACAAAUCACUGCCCACCAAAAAUGCCGAAAGCAAAGACCUGUCGUUGUGCUCGCUUCAAGAAACCUAAUCACCUGACUUGUUUUGGUCAGAAAUGUCCUUGCUACAGUGAAAAAAGAGGUUGUACUAACUGCAUGUGUAAUGGCUGUAAAAAUCCGCUUCAGAGUGGUGACUUUGCACCUCCUCUUAUGCACAUCUUGCGAGACAGUGACAACCUCGAUUCAAGUUUUGAUAGAAGCAUGCCUCGACUUUCUCCAAUUCCAAAGUUAUAAACUUUUCUCUCUUUAUCGGGACCACAAAAGUACUUGUCUGUCGUCUGGUGUGGGCUCGAGAAGACUGGUCACAGACACCUCUGUAAAUUAAAUUAUUUAGCUCUUCUUGUAAUUAAUGAAAUACAUUGUUGAAGAUUUUGAACUUGAGGAACUAGUAUGGGGAUUCCCAAGCGUGGUAAAUCUCAAAACAGCAUAUCAGCUGUCAAAAGUCAUAUAUUAAGAUUCUAUAGAUGGGUUUAGUCAGAGUUCGAAAUUCAAGCUUCACAUGAUCACUAUAUAUUUGGAAACAUAGGGUGGUAUCAUGUCAUAAAAGCUGCUCAUCCUAUACCUAGACAACUAAUAUUUUAGCAGUUUGAAAUACACAUUGUUUCUCAUUUCUCAAUCGUUUAGUGUGGGGGCUUCAGGGCUAGCACCUAGUCAAAGUUGGCAUUUUGAGGAUAGACUGAGUAUCAUGUGCUUAGCAUCAACUGGCCUUUUUUAAAUGUCCCAAGAUUACAGCGUUGGAUUAAAGCACAAAGGAACAAAGUUGUGGUGGUGUUUGACAAACUUCCAAGUAUGGGCAACGCAAGGCGAUUGUAGCUUACGAACAAAAAGGUUGGGUUUUUUUGUGUUUUUUUCACCGCAAAGAAUGGAUGGUA